AUGCACAACGAAGCGCCCCACGUGGCCACGAUCCGCAAGCUGUACGCCGAGGACCCGGACACGAGCCACUACAAGACGUCCGGGCAGGCGGCGACGAUUGAGAACGGCUGGCCCAUUCCCGUCAUCACGGCCGUCGACAAGUCGCCCGAGACGGCGGCCGAGAUCGCGGCGUGGCCCAAGUUGCGGGAUCGCGAGGGCGUGCAAAAGUACCUCGAGUGGAAUGCGAGGGAGACCGGGAAUGACUAUGUGAAGGUGAUGAAUGAGAGCGGGACGCCCAUCGGCUUGCAACUGGAUCAGCCGAGUAGUGAGUUAUUGAGGAUCAUUGUCGACGAAUCCAAGCAGAGGGGGUUCCUGGUCGUUGCGCACUCGAUGUGCGUCAAGGAUACGCUCCAGGUGCUCGAGGCGGGCGUGGAUGGUCUCACGCACACCAUUUGCGAUCGACCCCCUACGGACGAGCUGGUCGCUGCGUACAAGAAGAACAACGCGUGGUGCAAUCCCACGCUGGCGACGAUUGGCAGCUUGACGGCUGAGGGGAGGGAGUUGCAGGAGAAGUUCGCGCACGACGAGCGGGUGAAAGGAUUGCUGGGCGAGGGCCAGAGCGAGAAGAUGUGUAGCUGUUUCGAGAUGGGCCGGGGCCAUUCGAAGGUCGAGUAUGCGUAUGAGAGCGUGAGGAGAUUUAAGCAAGCCGGCGUGGACGUGAUUGCUGGCUCCGACGCCGCCGGACCUCUCCCGGGCAUCGCCUACGGCAUCUCUCUCCACCACGAACUCACCCUCUACGUCGACAAGUGCGGUUUUACACCUCGCGAGGCGAUCGAAUCCGCAACCAUCGUCCCGGCACGACGCUUCCGGUGGGACGACCGCGGACGCCUGGCUCCGGGCCUGAGGGCAGAUUUAGUACUCGUCGAGGGAGAUCCUUUGGAGGAUAUAGAUAAGUUGUUGAAUCUGAGGGGUGUCUGGAGGGACGGGGUGUUGUGUAGUGUGUAUAAGGAUGUGUUGGGGGAGGGGGUUGGGGUGAAUUAG